UCGAGCUCACUCAGCCGGCAGAGUCAACUAUUUUGGAGGAGCGGAGCCAGCGGGACGGACGGAGGAGAGCAGCGACAACUUUGGGAUUUCACGGCUUUUAUUUAAAGUUUUGUUGUGUGGAAUCAUGGAGCCGCUCCGGUUCAACUUGCUCUGCUUUUUAUUCACCAACCACGUAUUCAUCAGCCUCCAGUCGAAAGAACAAGUGUUGCUGGACAUGAGAGCUUCAGGAUCAGAGCUGGGCUGGUUGACGUUGCCAUAUGAGAACGGAUGGGAGAUAGUCCAGACGGUGGUGAACGGCUCCCUCUUCUACACCUACAGCGUCUGCAGCGUCGACUCCAGCGAGCAGGACAACUGGCUGCGCACGACGUUCAUCCAGCGGCGCCCGGGCUCCGCGCGGGUGUCCGUGGAGCUCCGCUUCAUCGUGCGCGACUGCAACACCUUCGACGGCGCCUCGGUCGCCUGCAAGGAGACCUUCAACCUCUUCAUCUCGGAGGCCGACGCCGACGUCGGGACCAACUUCCGCAAGGGCCAUUUCCGCAAGGUCGCCACCAUCGCUCCCGACGAGGUCACGCGGGGCCGCGUGCCCAAGGUCAACACGGAGACGAGGGCCGUGGGGCCGCUGUCCUCGAAGGGCUUCUACCUGGCGUUCCAGGACAUGGGCGCCUGCGUGGCGCUGCUGUCGGUGCGAGUGUACUACAAGACGUGCCCGUCCACCGUGCAGAGCUUGGCGGCCUUCCCGGAGACGGUGGCGGACGCCCUGACGGAGGUGGAGGGAGCCUGCGUGGACCACGCCGUCAGCCAGGCCACGCCGCGCAUCUACUGCACCGCAGAGGGCGAAUGGGUGGUCCCCGUGGGUCAGUGCCAGUGCCUCGCCGGCUACGAAGCCGCCGGGGACUCGUGCCAAGUGUGCAAACCAGGCUACUUCAAGACGUCUACAUCAAGCGAGUCAUGCCGGCUCUGCCCCGAUAACAGCAAGCCGUCCGGCGCCGGCGCCACUGAAUGUCAAUGCCAGGAGGGCUUCUUCCGCUCCCCUUUGGACUCGCCCGCCUCGCCGUGCUCCGCUCCACCCGGCGCCCCGCGCGACCUGACCUCCACCACCCUGUCGGCGCAGGGCCGGCUGCAGCUGUCCUGGAGCCCGCCGCUGGUGACCGGGGGCCGCAGCGACCUCACCUACGGCGUGGCGUGCGAGCACUGCGGCGAGGCCUCGUGCGUGCCCUGCGGCGACGGCGUCCGCUUCGAGCCGGGCGCCGCGGGCCUGCGGGAGAGCACGGUCGUGGUCGGCGACCUGGAUUCUCACCUGAACUACACUUUCACCGUGGAGGCUCACAGCGGCGUGUCGCAGUUCGCCGCGGAGAGGCCCAUCGCCAGCAUCGUCACCGCUCUGGACUACACAGAUCCCCCAAAGGUGACGUUAAUCCAUCUGGAUGAUCGCGGCCCCACCAGCCUGUCUCUGUCCUGGACUCUGUCUCGCAGGCCUCCAGCCCACAUCAAUCACCGCUAUGAGCUUAUGUACCGCAGAAAAGACGGCGACGGCGAGCGGGACGUGACCACCUACACAGUCCUGAUUCUGGAGAAAAGUUCCGUUCAGAUCAACGACCUCACCCCAGGCACCACUUACAUGUUCAGGGUCCAGGCUCUGAGUCCCGAGGGACACCCCGGCACUUACAGCGCGGAGUACGAUUUCGUCACCUCGCCGUUAGCCGAGUCGCAGGUGCAGAACAACUCCACCAUGGUGAUGGGGGCUGUGGCCGGAGUAGCGCUCAUUCUGCUGGUCGUGGUGGCCGUCCUGCUGCUGCGUAGACGGAGAAUGAACUCUCGCGGCAGGGGAGGCCCCGAAGACCCUUACUUCUCAUCAGAUCAGCUCAAGCCGCUGAAGACUUAUGUCGAUCCACACAUGUACGAGGACCCUAACAUCGCCAUCCAGAAGUUUGUCACGGAAAUCGACGCCACCGCCAUCAACAAACAAAAAGUCAUCGGUGUCGGGGAGUUUGGGGAAGUGUUUUUGGGCGUGAUGAAGACCCCCAAGCUGGGGGAGGUGACCGUGGCCAUCAAGACCCUGAAGCCGGGGUACUCUGAGAAGCAGAGGCAGGACUUCCUGAGCGAGGCCAGCAUCAUGGGGCAGUUCUCGCACCCGAACAUCAUCCGCCUGGAGGGAGUCGUCUCCAAAUUCAAGCACGCCAUGAUAGUGACCGAGUACAUGGAGAACGGAGCUCUUGACACCUACCUGAAGGGCCGCGAUGGAGACAUCCUCUCGUAUCAGCUGGCCGGGAUGCUGCGUGGAAUCGCUGCCGGCAUGAAGUACCUCUCGGACAUGAACUACGUCCACCGCGACCUGGCGGCGAGGAACGUUCUGGUCAACGGCCUGCUGGAGUGCAAAGUGUCCGACUUUGGGCUGUCGCGGGUGCUGGAGGACGACGCCGAGGGAACCUACACGACGAGAGGGGGUAAAAUCCCCAUCCGCUGGACGGCCCCCGAGGCCAUCGCUUACAGGAAGUUCACCUCGGCCAGCGACGUGUGGAGCUUCGGCAUCGUCAUGUGGGAAGUCAUGGCGUUCGGGGAGCGGCCCUACUGGGACAUGAGCAACCACGAGGUCAUGAAGGCCAUCAACGAGGCCUUCAGGCUUCCGGCGCCGAUGGACUGCCCGUCCGCCGUCUACCAGCUCAUGCUCCAGUGCUGGCAGCACGACCGCGCCAACCGCCCUCGCUUCACCGACAUCGUCAACCUCUUGGACAAGUUGCUCCGGAACCCAGAGUCUUUGAAGACCAUCGCCGACUUCGAUCCACGCGUCUCCAUCCGCCUGCCCAGCACCGGCGGCUGUGACGGCACCGCCUUCCGGUCGGUGCCCGAGUGGCUGGAGUCCAUCAAGAUGAACCAGUACAAGGAGAGCUUCGCCCGCGCCGGCAUCACCACCAUGGAGCAGGUGCUCGCCUUGAGGCACGAAGACAUCAGGAACAUCGGCGUGCGGCUGCCUGGUCACAUGAAGCGGAUCGCCUACAGCAUCCUGGGCCUGAAGGACGAGACCAGCUCGCUCAGCGUGUUCACCGUGUGAUCGACGCAUUCCUCCAAACGGAAGCGCACUCACCGACCAACGCCAUUUCACUCGCCAACCGGGAGGACUGCGGCGAGAGAGGGGGGGGGGGGGG